AUGAUCACAGAAUUCAUAGUUUGUGGUAAUCACCCAUUCAGUACAGUUGAACAAGAGAAAUUUAAAAUAAUAAUUGAUAAAGGAUUUCCUAAUCGACGUUCAUUAACACGAAAAACACUCAUGUCUCGAGUAUCGACAAACGCAGAAAAUAUACGAAAAAACGUGAAAGAGGAGUUAAUAUCUACAAAAGUAAAACAUGUCUGUGCAACUGCAGAUUGUUGGUCUGUGUUUAAAAAAAGUUAUAUUGGGAUAACAGCUCAUUGGUUUGAUUUCGAAACUCUUGAUCGGAAAUCUGCUGCUUUAGCUUGUCGCAGAAUUAAAGGGAGGCAUACAUAUGAUACAUUAGCAAAAAUAUUGAACGAUGUAUUUUGUGAAUAUGGCAUAUUAAAUAAGAUAAUCAAUGUAGUAACGGACAAUGGCUCUAACUUUGUCAAGGCUUUUCGGUAA